AUGACGCCUCCCUUGAAGAAGGACUUGGCUGGAAAGCCGCCGCGGAGGUCGCGGUCGCGAUCGAGAUCCCGGUCGUCUCAGUGGUCGCGCGGGAAAUCCCCACCGCGAGAGUCACGAGAUAAGCAGGCAGCCAAGGAGGUCGAAAAGAAGGAUGGCCAGGAUGGCCCCGGAACUCGGGGAACGCCUCGGGUGAAAGCACCCGAUGACCUCCCCGUGGCUGCCUACAAGGAGAAGAUUAUUGACCUCCUGCUGGAGCACCCGAUCAUUGUGGUUGUGGGUGAGACAGGAUCUGGCAAAACCACCCAGAUCCCACAAUACCUCCUGGACUCGGAGAAGUUCCAUUGCUUGUUUGAGAACAAGCGUGGGUUGCGAGUGGCCAUAACUCAGCCCAGACGGGUUGCGGCCGUGGCCAUGGCCCGACGUGUGUCGGAUGAACGUGGCACGCGUCUCGGAGACGUGGUGGGCUACAGCAUCCGCUUCGAGGACAACUCAAGUGCGAGCACGCGCCUGAGGUACAUGACUGAUGGCUGCUUGCUUCGUGAGUGCCUCGGGGAUCCUGACCUUGCAAACUACGAUGUCGUCAUCCUGGACGAGGCCCACGAACGGAGCUUGCACACGGACGUCUUGUUUGCUCUCAUGAAGAGGGCUGUGAGCAAUAGGGCCGGUCAGCUCAGGAUGCUCGUGACGUCCGCAACCCUCGAUACAGGGGCAUUUUCUGAGUACUUUGCAUGCCCGGUUCUUGAAGUCCCUGGGCGCAGCUUCUCGGUUGCCCUGCACUACCAUCCUGUGUCCAGGACUCAGAGGGUUGAGGCUGCCGUCAACGUCGCUUUGAAUCUGCACGUCCGCGAGGGACCGGGCCACAUUCUGGUUUUCCUCACAGGAAUGGAAGAAUGCGAGCAAGCAGUGUCAUUCGCAAACUCGAAACUGCAGAACAUGGUCGACAGUGGAAAGCAGGUUUCAGACUGCCUCAUCGUUCCCCUGUACGGAAUGAUGCAGUCCGACGACCAGCGCAAUGUCUUCGAAGAGGUUCCGGACGGAUGUCGGAAACUCGUCUUUUCAACGAACAUCGCCGAAACUUCCCUGACUGUAGCUGGAGUUGGCUACGUCGUCGACUGUGGUUAUUGCAAGCAAAAGAACUUCAAUCCUAAGACCGGAAUGGAGUCUUUGCAGGUGACCGAAGUCUCGCAGGUGCAGGCCAAGCAGAGGGCAGGGAGGGCGGGCCGCACCCAGCAUGGAAAGUGUUUCAGGCUCUACUCGGAAGAGACCUUCUCACGCAGCCUCCCAAAGGUCACGGUCCCCGAGAUCCUGAGGUCGAACCUGGCAUCCGUGACCUUGCAGAUGAAGGCCAUGGGCAUUGAGGACGUGGUGCGUUUCGACUUCAUGGAGCCACCCGACCGAGUGCGGCUGGUGAAGUCCCUCCGGCUUCUCUUCCUCAUCGGAGCGCUGGAUGCCGAUGGCGGCCUCACAGAUCUGGGGCGGCGGAUGUCGCAGCUGCCCCUGGAGCCUCAGUAUGGGCGUGUCUUGCUGGCAGCUGCCGAAGCCGGUUGCGUGUCCGAGGCCCUGACGCUGGUUUCGAUGCUGAGCUCUGAGGGUGUGUGGUACCGGCCCUCCAAGCAGAAUGCGGAGCAAUGGGAGGAAGCGCUGGCGGUGCAGGAGCGCUUCCUCCACCGCAUGGGCGACCACCUCACCCUGGUGCGCGUCUUCACGAUGUGGGAAGACGAGGGCUGCAGCCCCGAGUGGUGCAAGGCCAACUUCCUGCACUUCCGGGCCCUGCGCCAGGCGCGCGACAUCCGCGGCCAGCUCUGUGACCAACUCGAGAAGGUCUCCGAGGCAUCCGUGAGGGAUGCAGUACGUGCAGUCCGCAACCGCUACAGAGACCAUCGAGACCGUGAUCGAGGACGAGGUGCCCCCAAGAACGGCAGCAGCGUCGAGCAGGCGUUGCUGCAGUCCUUAUGUUCGGGGUUCUUCAUGCAGACGGCCCGGAUGUGUGGGGCUGGCGGCGGAUGGUUGAUCGUAGGAGAGAACGUUCUCGUUAAAUGCGAGGGAGGCAGCGCCAUGGAUGGUUCUUGCGCAGAGUGGGUACUUUACACAGACUUGGUUGGCAGCACUGUUGCCAACUGCAUGAUGCGCACUGUGUCAGCUGUGGCGCACGAGUGGUUGCAGCCCUUGCUACCAAAGCUCGUGGAGGUGGACCUCAAGCGUUUGGUGGGCGUGACACAACCUCGGCAGAACGAGCAGGUGGAGGAGCCAAAGGAUCCAGCGCAGGUUGCCAAGGACCGUGAAGUCAAGGUGGGAAGCGCCCGAGAAAGGUACCUGGCGCGCAAGAACAAGACUGCCUCGAAGUAG